GGCGGAGAACGGUGGCCUGGUCGGUGGCUGGAGGAUUCGGCUAUCACUCAACAGGGAAGUUAAGCUGUCACGCGGAAGGCUACCGGAAAGAUCUGAUGGACGGCGACUAGCUGUAUUGUCCUGUGGACCCGGUCCAGUGGUUAAUGAAGUACAGCACUGACCUUGCGGCCCGUGUAGAGCCGAUGUUGCGGUGGAUGUUUCCUUAUUGCUCGGUUUUCAACAAAUUGGAUAACAAAAACUUAACUUAUUGGAAAGCAAUGUCACUCGACUUUGAUAGUGGAGCUCUACAAACGCAACAUGAAGAAGAUGAAUAUGACCAGGAGGAUUAUGCAAGAGAGCAAGAGUUGCAACAACUACUAACAGACCUUCCCCAUGACAUGCUGGAUGACAGUGGAGACCAGCUCUCUAAUUACUCUGAUUGUAGCAUACAUGAGGAUGCAAAGCAAGCACAUGAACCUUGGGAGCAUGAGGCCAGAUGGAAUGAUCAUCUUCUGGGUUACGAACAGGGACAGAAGUUGUAUCCUGAACAGUUCCUGUAUAAACAACUACAUAAUCAUGGAGAAACACAUGCAAGUAAUUGGACUGACCAGCAUAAUAUAGAAGAAGAAAGAUGCAUUUAUGAAAUUAAAGAGGACUACUCUAGUAGCCAACGUGAAGAGGAUCCUGAUGUGUAUCUUGGCAGAGAUGGGUAUAAUACACCAAGUCACUGCCAACAGAACAAUGUAUAUCAUCUCCCAGAAAAUUUUAGACCAUACACAAAUGGCCAUACACAGGAAUUUAAUAACCAACAAAACAAAACAGUAAAGUUUCCGGAUGUUCCAAAGGAACAUUUGAAGCAAUUUGGUGCAUCUGAAGUUGCUAAUGGCCAAACUAUGGAAUCUUACAAAGUGACAUAUAAACCAUAUCAAAGUGCUGUUCAGCAAAAUGUCCCAAUAACACAGGAAGCGUCAAGAAGAAAUGAAGUAUUUGAAGAGCUGCAACGGGAGUUUUUGGAUACUGAGAGGAAUUCUGCGGACAAUAUGCAGGUUCUUCAACUUCAGGUUCUUAAUAAAGCAAGAGAGAGACAACUGGAAGAACUUACUGAAAAGAUGGAAAAGAGUACACAGCAGAUUAGGUAUCUGAAUCAUCAGCUUGCAAUGGUCAAAGAUGAAAAGGAUGGAUUGGCCCUUAGCCUCCAGGAAUCCCAAAAACUGUAUCAAAAUGGAAAAGAACGGGAGGUACAUCUUGAAGGUCAAAUUAAAGCACUGGAAACCCAAAUUCAAACUCUUACUGCCAAUGAGGAGCAGCUCUUCAAACAGUCUAAAGUGGCAGAGUUAGCCAUGGAAAGCAUGCAGCAGCAGCUAUUAGAGCUUAGACGUUCUGACUCUCUUCAGCGAGCGAGAGAACAGCAUGAGACCGUAGUUGCAGCACUGAAGCAGAAGUAUGAAGAGCAAGUAUUAUCAUUAGAACAGAAACUUGAUGCUACAAAUUCUGCACUUCAGGAGCAGAAGGAUCUUUGUUGUAAUCUAAGGGAACAUGUGAAGCAGCUUGAAAGAAUGCUGGAAGAAAGCAAACUAGAAAAAACAGAGAUAAUCAACCGACUGACAAGAAGCCUAGAAGAAAGUCAAAAGCAGUGUGCAAACUUACUGCAAACGGGUUCGAUACAGGAGACAAAUCAAUUACGAUUACAACUACAGCAAACUCAGUCCGCACAGUUGAUGAGCAACAACAUGAACAAGACUUUGCAGGAAGAGCUAACAGCGCUAAAGGAAGAAAUUGCUUUGUAUGAAUCUGCUGCCAAACUUGGAGUAUUUCUGAAUGAUGCAAGUGGAGAGCUUCAUGUGGAUAUGACUGAUUCUUAUGUGGAUUUGGGUAUUAAAAAAGUCAACUGGAAAAAAUCAAGAUUUCAUAGUACUGUACAAACCAGAGAUUUGGAUAAAGAACUUUCUAAAGAUGAGCUCAUCCUAGAGUUGAAAACGGAAAUGGAACGCUUAUUGAGCAGUAACAAAAUGAAAAGAAAUCAGAUUACUCAGUUACAAAAUGAUCUUAAAGACUGUCAGAGGACAACAGAAGAACUCAAGCAGUUGUUGAAAACCAAUAAAACAGCAAACGAGAAUGAGCCUAAAAGUAGCGUGGGAGAUCAGACUGAAACCUUAUGGUCCACUCCAUUUGCGUCUGAUAAUUUUCUUCAAGAAGAGCUUCUGAGACUUAGAAAGGUGAAUCAGGAUUUACAACAAGAAGCUGAGAACUAUAGUUCGUGUAUUCAAGAGCUUAAAGCAAGUGAGGAAAAACUGAAAAUUGCAAACCAAGAUCUGUGUAAUCAGAUGAGACAAAUGAUUCAGGACUUUGAUCGGGAUAAACAAGAAGCUGUUGACAGGUGUGAAAGAACCUAUCAGCAACACCAUGAAGAUACAAAAGCCCAACUUCAGGAAGAUCUCAUGGAGAGGCAUGCUGCAGAAAAAGAACAGCUCAUUAAGGCUUAUGAAGAGACCAUCUCACAGUUAAAGGCUGACAUGGAUGAGUUGAACAAGGAGAUGACUGCAGUGAAGGAAUGUUACAUAGCAAUCUGCAGAGAGAGAGACUCACUGGAAAUAACUUUGAGGAAGAAAUUUGAACAAGAGCAGCAGUCAAAGGAAGAGAAGUUCAAGAAACAAUUAUUGGAAGAAAAAGAAGAAUCUCUUAACCAUCUGAGGACUGAACUAGAAGAAAAGCACAGGAAUUCUAUUAUAACAGCAAAAAAACAAUGGCUGAAAGAAAAAGAAGUCGGUAUUAAACAGCAAGUGGAAAAUGAAGUGGCAUUAGCAAAAGCCCACUGGGAGAAGGAACAGAAAGAGAUCAAAGAACAAGUUAUCCAAGAACUAGAAAUAGAGUGGCAAGGCAAACUGGACCAAACUCUAGCAGAAUCUAAAAAAACUUUAGUUGAACUCAAAAACAGUGGCAGCCAAACUGACCAAGUACCCAUAAUAGAUGAAACAUCAAGUAAGGAGAUUGAAAGGAUGGUUCAGGAGCAAAAAUUGCAACAGGAGGAUGCACUGAAAGAAAAGGAGAAGGCUGUUAGAGAGGCCUUGAAAGAACUUGAAACAGAACUGGAGAGAAAACAUCAUGAAAACAUUGCCAAUCAGGUAGAAACAGCUUUGACCAAAGCUUAUGCCAGGUGGUUGCAAGAAUUAACAGAACUUGAAGAAUACAAAAGAAAUCUGAAAGAAGAGCGAGAGAAAUGGGAAAGAGAGCAUGAAAUCAAUGCAGCAAAACAGCUAUCACUAGUUCUUUCAGCAGCUGAAGAGAAAUGGAAGAAACAGCUUGGGAACACAGAGAAAUCUGGAGCCAGAACCAAAGAUCUUGAAGAGCAGGUACUUUCUCUUAGAAAGGAACUGGAGCUAAAGAAAGAAGAAAUCCCUGCGACUGUUAAAGCAGAGCUAGCACAGGCUCGUGCUCAGUGGAACAAAGAAAAGCAAGAAGAAAUCAUACAGCUACAGGAACAAAAUGAGCGAGACUACCGUUCAUUCUUAGAUGAUCAUAGAAGUAAAAUAAACGAGGUGCUUGCAAGUGCUAAGGAAGAUCUUGCGAAGCAGAAAAAUGAAUUGCUAAUUCAGAAAGAGGCAGAACUUAAGAUGUGUCUGGACCAAAAGCAACGAGAAUGGGCAGGUCAGGAAACACAGAGACUCCAAGAGGAAAUUCACCAAUAUGAGGAGAAGAUUCUCAUUGAACUUGAGCUCUUGUUAAGGGAAAUCCAUGAAGAACUAGUCACAAAUGGAAAUAAUGAGCAUUCUUGGCAGGAUACAUGUUCCUGUAGUACCAUUCAGUCAAACUGCCAAUACAAGGAAAAGCUAAAGGCAUCCCUAGAGAAGGCUUAUAGAGGCACAAUGUGCACAAUUCUAGAAAAAGCCAGACAAGAAUGGAGAGAGAAACAUGAAGAACAACUCUUCAAAGAAACAGAGCACUCUUGCAUGCAAAAUGGUGAAGGAGAAAGUGGGGACAAGGCAAAAUCAUCCACGUAUGAUGUUGGACACCAAGUAAAGUUACAAAAAUUAUUAAGGAGGCAGCCCCCUUUGCAAGAUACUGAAAUGGAUAAUGAUCAGAAAUGUAAGGAAAGGAAUCUCUGGUCUCAUGAAGAUUUUUGCUGUGACCACUGUUGCCAGCAGCUUGAAACAAAGGAGACAGAAUGCCAGGAUCUAAAAAGAAAACUGGAGAAAGCCUGCAGGCACCUCCAGCUUGCAGUGAGGGAACACAAAGCUAAAGUAGAGCAAAUCCAAGAAAAGGAGAGAGUUCUAGAGGCUCUGAUGGAAGAAAAUUGUGAGAUGAAGAUGAAACUCAAAGAUCUGAAAACAAUCAGUACUCCACCAAGGUCAUUGUCAGAGGGGGCUAUUUCAAAACCUUGUACCUCCUGUGAUGGUAUAAAAGGCUUAGAAGAAAUGCGCACACAGUAUAUUAAAGCUGUAGGCAAAAUUAAAGGCGAUAUGCUUCGUUAUAUCCAUGAAAGUAAAGAGAGAGCAGCUGAAAUUAUUAAAGCUGAGGUUUUAAGGGAACGACAAGAGACUGCCCGGAAAAUGCGCAAAUACUACUUGAUUUGUCUUCAGCAACUUCUCAGUGAUGAUGGGAAACACGAAGGGGCUGAAAAGAAAAUAAUGAAUGCUGCUAGCAAGCUUGCUACAAUGGCAAAAGUACUCGAAACACCUGUUCGGAGCACACCUCAGAGCAAAAAUGCCCACUUACCCCUGCCACUAAACUCUGAACUGCCAACUGGCGUUGAACAAUCAACAAGAAAUCACAUUCUUCAAAGUAGGACGGCCCAUAUGGAAAGCAAAUCAUGUGGCAAAAGAAUUGCCAAAAAAGCCAAUGAUCAAAUUGUUCAGAAACGCAUACCUUAUAAUUUAAGACAGCAGCUUGAUGCAGUAGAGGCUAAAACACAGUCUGGACUACAUGAAAGAGGGACUUCAAGUAUCCAAAGUAGCAGGAGUGCUUCUAAACAGCCAGUUGAUAAUCCAAGAGAACCCGUGAAGUAUGGAAAUGAGCAUGCACCUAGCUCUGUAAAUGGCCUUUCAGACUUUGUGCCAGCUCCUGUAAUGUUGCAAAACCAGACUCAGAGAACAGUCUUAAAUGAAUGUAAACGUAACCAGCCAAAUGGAUUUUGGGAGGCAACAUCUGAGAAAACAAAGGUGUUCGAUAUUCAAGAAGCUCCAGUAAGGGAUGAUGGAAGCUCUCCUGACUGGAGUUCAGAUAGUGGAAGUCUACAUUUGGAUAGUGGUGAUAUGGCCUGCUUGUAUUCUAUGCAGAAAGCAAGUUCUAAUGCAGAAGCACAACAUAUGGCCUGUGAACAGUUUCCUAAUGCAGAUGAAAAUGUUAGUACAUUUUAUAAGCAACUUACCAGCAAAGCCAAGCUUCUUGGUGCAAAAAGUGAAACCACACUUUAUAGUAGUGAGCAACUGAAGGUAAACCAAGGACCUAAUUCAUACAAGAACUCUGAGAAAUCAAAUUCUGAUAUCUCACAACAGUUCAAUGCACAGCCAUGUUCAAAUAUAGAAAAAGGCUCCAACCAAUAUUUAAGGAAGCUGAUACUGGAUGCCAAAUCUUUUCAGCAAGAUAGUGGCUUUGAUAGCCCACUUCCUAACUUGGAUUAA